AUGCCUAUCACUUCAAUUAUCAUUCGCCCCACACACUGCUGCCCUUGCUGCCACUGGUACAGCCAGCCAGCCACCAUCAUCGUUUUCACUGUUGCCAGCCUCUCCCACUUCUCACCAUCAUCCCACCAUCAACUUCUCUACUUGCUUUCCCUACUCCUCUCACCCGCCUCUCUCCUCUCUCCCCCUCUUCUUCCCCCACUGCAGCAUCCCGUGUCUUCGGUCGUGCCCGCUGUCCAAAGUUCCCCAUAUCUCUCGUGGCACAAGCAACGGGUGGGUGGAGUGAGAUUAACAGGGUGGGGAAGCACGGGUGGAGCAGCAGCAGCAGCAGGAGCAGCAGCAGCAGCAGCAGCAGCAGCAGGAGCAGCAGCAGCGGCACCACCACCACCAGAAGCAGCAGCAGCAGCAUUCGAAGCAGCAUCGUUGGCAGCAGCAUUGGCAGCAGUGGAGGGCAGAGACUUCCAGAAAGAGGUGAGAGAGACGGUUGUGGAUAGUGCACUCUCUGCUGCUGCUGCUGCUGCUGCUGCUGCUGCUGCUGCUGCUGCUGCUGUGGCGGUGGUGGCAGUGGCGGAGGCCGUGGCCACGCUGUGGUCCAUCCGCCAUACCAACCUGCAGCGACUGCUGGGGUAUUGCUGGGAAAAUCGUGACCCUGCCCUUGACCCUGACUCACCUGCUGCUGCUGCUGGUGUCAAAAGCGUUCCUGUCUUGGCUGGUUGCAUGGCCGUGAAAAUGGGCGACCCCCUCCCAUCCAUCCCCACAGCACCACUAACAGCAGCAGCAGCAGCAGCAUCAGCAGCAGCAGCAGCAGAAGCGUGGGUGGCAUCAGCAGGGAGGGUCGCACGGCCACCUGCCAGCCAUGCUGCGUACAUGGACCCAAUCCUGCAUGCCUCUGCUCUCACCACGCCCUCCACGGACGUUUUCAGCGUUGGUGUGGUGAUGCUGCAGCUCAUCACAGGACGGCCCGCACUGAUACCCACAGCUGCAGGCAACGCCAGUCAGCACAGCAACAGCUCUGGCACCAGCGGUGGCGGCAGUAGCAGCAGUAUGAGCAGCGACUGUAGCGGCAGCAGCUCUGUGCACAUCCGGGAGUGGGCGCAGCAGCUCGUAUCACGCAACAUGACAGCCCAGCUGCGCUCCGCCCACCUGCCCCAAGCACCCGACGCCAUCGUGCUGCCCAUGGUCCGCCUCGCCCUCUCCUGCACCGCUUCCGACCCCCUGUCCCGCCCCACUGUCACCGACCUGCUCCGCUCCAUCAAGGCUCUCAAGCGCUCCCUCUCCGCCCACCCGCGCUCCGCUCUCCCUGGCAUCGCAGGGGCGAGCAGGGAUGGCGGCCUGCCCAAUGCUGCAGGCAAUGUGGGGGCUAGAGAGCAGCAGGGUGGGGAGGAUGGGGAUGGGCUUCCUGGGGGUUUCAGUCAGAAUGCGCUAGAUGCAAAGUUAGACUGGCUUCUGGAGGAAGAGGAUAGUGGUAGGUUUGUGGCAGAUGUGUAG